UGCGCGAUUCGUAGAGAUGGAAAAGCUACAGGAAGAGCACGAAGGAAACCAAAUGAGAGACCCGGAAGCAGACAAGAAGCUGAGAACGUGCAAGAUCGUCAACGUUGUGCUCGUCGUUGUCAUUGUCGUUCUCGUCUUGGUUAUCUGCAUUGCUAUACCGUUAGCUGCAAAGAAAAGUGACGACGAUGACAAGUCUAGCACUACAGGAUCUACUGACAGUAACGGCCAGACGCCGCUUCCUCUGGAAAGGGUGGUGCAACCUUGCAACAUCAGUUCUCUCCGCAGAAGGGAUGUCCAAGACGUCAUCAUCGUGGGCGGAGGUCCUGCGGGUACGUUCGUCGGUUAUCGUCUCAAACAGAAACCCCACAAUACAAAGUUCUACUACUGGAAGCGACCAACCGUAUCGGAGGACGACUGUAUUCGGUAA